AUGGGUUUGACGAGUCAAGAUAUAUACUCUGCACCGGCCUUGCAAUUCUGCCCGUUUGCCAGCCGACGGAGUGUGGUCCACAGUACUACUGGAAUUGUCGCAUGUACCCAGCCUCUGGCGGCUGCUGCGGGACAAAAGAUUCUGGAACAAGGCGGAAAUGCUGCUGAUGCGGCGGUGGCAGUGGCUGCGGCAUUGAAUAUGACAGAACCUAGCUCCACGGGCAUUGGUGGAGACAUGUUCUGCUUAUUCUAUAAUGCAAAGACUAAGAAGGUAUCUGCAUUGAACGGCUCUGGUCGGGCAGCGGGGGACCUUACCCUCGACAAAAUCCGAAGAGAUCUUGGUAUGGAACCAGGACAAGUCACACGUAUUCCUAUGACUAGUGUCCAUGCAGUCACGACUCCUGGUGCCGCUGCAGGCUGGGUUGAUACUGUAGAGAGAUUUGGAAGCGGGCGGGUGACCCUCGAACAAAUCUUAAUGCCUGCGAUUGAGCUGGGCGAGAAGGGAUUCCCUGUGUCGGAGCUGGCCUCGACAUUUUGGGAAGGUUGUGAACAGCAAAUCCGCGAAGCUUCGCCAAAUUUUAGAGAGCUCUUGAAGCCGGACCCCAAAGCCAAGGAUGGGGUCAGAAGUCCGUUACCUGGAGAAAUAUUCAAGAACCCGAAUCUAGCACUGACAUUUAGAGAACUUGCAAAAGGAGGAAAAGACGGUUUUUAUAGAGGUAGAAUUGCGGAGGAAAUUGUCAAGAUUGUAAAGGACCUCGGGGGAUACCUUAGUCUUGAUGAUCUCAAAUACCAUGCGGAAACAGGCAGCCAGAGCGUGGACCCAAUAUCUCUUAAGAUUGAUCCAAGAGAGAUCGCAGGUUCGAAGCGUGAAACAGGAGGAGAAGUUGAGGUCUGGGAGCAUCCCCCCAACGGCCAAGGCAUCGUGGCGCUGAUGGCGCUCGGCAUCCUCAAAGAAUUAUCGCGCAGCGGAAAGAUCCCUCAUUUCACAGAAGAAGAGCACAACUCCACUGCCUAUCUCCACGCCGUCAUCGAGAGCUUACGAAUCGCGUUCGCCGACGCCGCAUGGUGGGUGACGGAUCCCGAUGUCGAAAAUGUGCCGUCGCAACAACUCAUUUCCCAAGCCUAUCUCGCGGAGCGCGCAAAGCUGUUUGAUCCCAGCAAGGCGACGAAUAUUUUAGACCAUGGUAGCCCGGCACAUAACCACUGCGACACGGUGUAUUUCGCCGUGACCGACAAAGAAGGCAACGGCAUCUCCUUUAUCAACAGUACCUACGGAGGUUUCGGCACCGGCAUCGUCCCCAAGGGCUGCGGAUUUCCGCUGCAAAAUCGCGCCGCCAACUUCUCCCUCACGGCGGGCCAUCCAAACGCGAUUGCCCCACGCAAGCGACCAUACCACACCAUCAUCCCUGCCAUGAUCACAAACCCCGAGGAUAACUCGUUACAUAGCGUCUAUGGUGUGAUGGGAGGGUUCAUGCAGCCACAAGGCCAUGUCCAGGUGCUUCUGAACAUGCUAGCGUUCAAGCACACUCCACAGUCCGCUCUCGACGCUCCCCGCUUCUGCAUCGGGGCCGGCCACCCCAAUUCAACCGACAAAGUUGACCGCACGGUGUAUCUGGAAGAGGGAAUCAGUGAGUCGGUGGCCGACGAGUUAAGCAAGAUGGGCCACCAGGUCAAGAUUCUGAAGGAAUUCGAGAGGGCAAUGUUUGGCAGGGGCCAGGUCAUUCGCUGCCAUGCGGAGGACGGUCAGAUGAUAUACAGCGCCGGAAGCGAUCUUCGAGGUGAUGGCGGCGCUUUUCCCGCCUUGUGA